AUGUGGUCCGGAGGCGGUGGGAAGGCGCGGGGCUGGGAGGCCGCGGCGGGAGGGAGGACCAGCCCCGGCAGGCUCAGCCGCCGCCGAAUCAUGUCGAUGAGUCCAAAGCACACGACUCCGUUCUCAGUGUCUGACAUCUUGAGUCCCCUGGAGGAAAGCUACAAGAAAGUGGGCAUGGAGGGCGGCGGCCUCGGGGCUCCGCUGGCGGCUUACAGGCAGGGCCAGGCGGCACCGCCGGCCGCCGCCAUGCAGCAGCACGCCGUGGGGCACCACGGCGCCGUCACUGCCGCCUACCACAUGACGGCUGCGGGGGUGCCCCAGCUCUCGCACUCCGCCGUGGGGGGCUACUGCAACGGCAACCUGGGCAACAUGAGCGAGCUGCCGCCGUACCAGGACACCAUGCGGAACAGCACCUCGGGCCCCGGAUGGUACGGCGCCAACCCGGACCCGCGCUUCCCGGCCAUCUCCCGCUUCAUGGGCCCGGCGAGCGGCAUGAACAUGAGCGGCAUGGGCGGCCUGGGCUCUCUGGGGGACGUGAGCAAGAACAUGGCCCCACUACCAAGCGCACCGCGCCGGAAGCGCCGGGUGCUCUUCUCCCAGGCGCAGGUGUACGAGCUGGAGCGACGCUUCAAACAACAGAAGUACCUGUCCGCGCCCGAGCGCGAGCACCUGGCCAGCAUGAUCCACCUGACGCCCACGCAGGUCAAGAUCUGGUUCCAGAACCACCGCUACAAGAUGAAGCGCCAAGCCAAGGACAAGGCGGCACAGCAGCAACUGCAGCAGGAUAGCGGCGGCGGGGGCGCCGGGUGCCAGCAGCAGCAAGCUCAGCAGCAGUCACCGCGCCGCGUGGCUGUGCCGGUCCUCGUGAAAGACGGCAAACCCUGCCAGGCGGGCGCCCCUGCGCCGGGCGCCGCCAGCCUGCAAGGCCACUCGCAGCAGCAGGCGCAGCAGCAAGCGCAGGCCGCUCAGGCGGCGGCAGCAGCUAUCUCAGUGGGCAGCGGCGGCCCCGGCCUCGGCGCGCACCCGGGCCACCAGCCGGGCAGCGCGGGCCAGUCUCCGGACCUGGCGCACCACGCCACCAGUCCCGCGGCGCUGCAGGGCCAGGUCUCCAGCCUGUCCCACCUGAACUCCUCGGGCUCGGACUACGGCACCAUGUCCUGCUCCACCUUGCUAUAUGGUCGGACCUGGUGA